UGGAUUGGGAUAUGCAUGAUUGAGAGACUUAUAAUUUCUGAUUUUUAACAAGUUAUGAACUUUAUAAGUAUACAAAAUCGAUUUAAGAGAAGGCAAUUUUGCAUUAUUUUUAAAUUACAAGUAAUAAGUAACUAAUUAUGUCGAAUUUAGAAAUAAAAGACCAAGCUGCGCAGUCAAUUGUUAAUUUCUUGAAAACUCACGCGCCUAAGUAUGAGGGUUAUAGUAUAGAGUCUGAGUUGAAAAAGGAUUUCUUGCUUGCUAAAAAAAAGAGGAGAGAUAAAGGAAAGCAGAAGACAAAGAAGUCUAAGAUUUUGACCCGGAAUGAAAGGAAAGCUCUCGGUUUUUAUGUUAUACCGAGGAACAGCAUUAAGUAUAAUGAUAUGUUGGCACUGCAUAAAGUUUGGUCUGAUUAUAUAAGUCAAUUACUUGAAGUAGAAGAACAGGUUCCAGAUUCAAAAAGUAAAAAUUGGGUCCAGUUUACUCAAAGUUUGUAUAGAGCAGACUUUCAUGGUGGUAUGAUGGAAGUAGUACGUUCUAAAUGUCCAAGUUACGUUGGUAAAAAAGGAAUUUGUAUAAUGGACACUAAAAAUACAUUCAAAAUUGUAUCUGAAGAUAAUAUAGUGACUACUGUACCUAAAAAAUGUAGUGUUUUUAAUUUAUUUGUUAAUGAUAUAAUAAUAUGUAUUUUUGGCAAACUCUUGUGUGCGAGGCCUGCUGAACGUUCUAAUAAAAAAAUCAAAAGUUAUUUACAUCCCGAUUUAUGAUUUAAUUGUUAUUAUAAUUAAAUAAAUAUAUAAAUAAAAAUUAAAUACC